GUUGUCCACAGCCUAAGCCUAUCCAAUCUGAUCCGAGCCAAAGAGCGCAAUCCGAACGAAAGUUGGCCAUCAUGGCGGAAAUCAUAGCCCAAUCCGUAUCUGAAGACUACUCAAGCCACCAGGCGCUGGUCGCACACGACGGCGAAGUUGAGGUGCCGACGGUCUACGAGAUACGUUUCGCCGACGACCCGACCGAAAGCACACUACAGAGGAAAUGGUCGCCCGCCGUCACCGAACAGUUCAUCCUACUUCGGCACGAGAAGCGACGCUUCUUCAAUGGCAAACGAAACACCACCAAGGCGUUGUACCAGCAAAUCCUGGAUGAAAUCGGCCUCGGAGGCGUCGUGUCGGCCGACCAGGCGCGCAAGAAGUGGAACAACCUCAUGGCCAAGUACCGGGUUGAAAAGGCGGAGAUUGAAAAGAAAGAGCGCGAGGGAGACCCUGUGCCCGAAGGCCUCAUCUGGCCCUACUACAAGCUCAUGGACACAGUCAUGAAGGACAUCGACGGCACCUUGUCUGUGCUGAUGCCCUCGCCACAGCCACGCGUCCAGUUCCUCCAGCAGCGAUACUCCAUCCCCAGCAUCCAGAGCACGGCAGACGGCGAGACCCUUGUCGAAACAGAGGUCUAUGAACCCGUGGAAGGAGGCGUGGCCCGAGCGCUGCAGUCGAUGCCCACCCCACUCGCCUCCCACCUCAACUCGGCUGCGCGGCGGCGCAUCCGCCGAGAGCUGACUUUCGAGGAGCGCCUCCUCAAGGCAGUCGAGGCAGGAAACGAUACAUUGGAGAAAGUGAGCCGCACAGUUGAGACUCAGGGAAACGCCCUCUUGUCCGUUCUGCAGCGGCUGGCAGAUGAAAUUUGCAAGACGACGUAGUGCCCGCUUGGCCUGCUUUUGCGAUCACCACCCUGUGCCACCGGCCAGCCGUCGAGGACAGCUGGUCUUUUCAUUUUUGUCAAGGGGCAUUAAACAGUGUUUGUUGUUUAGAGAAGUGCACCAGUCAUUCUGCCUCCUUUCUAUGCACACUUUUGAGAAAGAUUUUGACUUGUUUGAGCAUUAAAAG